AUGGUAGAAGAACUUAUAACUAAUGAAGAAAUGUGUUUAGAUGAUUUUUUUAAUGUAUUCAAUAAUUUCACAGAAACUCUUCAAGAUAAUUUAAUUCCUGAUUCUCUUCUUCCACCUAAUGCUACUUUAUUUAUACGUGAAGGUGUUCAGCAUGGUAAAAUUUCUUCAGGCACAGAAUAUAUUGUUCUAUUAGAUACUGAUUUUGAAAAUUGGAUCUAUGAUUUUGUUAACAAUACUAAUACAAGUUAUGUACGGGAAAGAACUGAAUAUAAUACUGGAAAUGUUGAAUUUCAAUACACUUACAAGUGUCAUUGCUCAGGAAAAGAUAAAAGCCAAGCAGAAGAUUGUCCUCAAAUGAUUAUUAAAUAUAAAUUACAUUCAAAUCAUACUCCAGGCAGUGACAAUGAUAUUGGAACACUUAGACUUUCAAAACAAAUUCAAAAUUAUAUUGCACAGCGAAUGCGUGAUGGUUUAGAUGUUAAAGCAAUUGAAGUAAUUAAAGAAGAUCAAAUGUUACAUGAAAUUGAAGAGGAAAGUUUUAAUUUAUGGCAGCACAAACUUUUAGAAAAUGGUGAUUUAACUUGUGCUAUAGCUCAAUCUGAAAGUAAUAAUAAUGAGGAUAAAGGACAACUUUUAGGUUUUAUAAUUCCUAUUAUGAAAGAAAUAAUUUAUAACAUUAAUACAGUUUUACUUGAUGCUACACAUGGAUUACCUCUUGCACAUCUCAUUUCUUUUCGUAAAAAUACUGCAUCUGUACAAUUUUGGUUAUAUAGUCUUCAUAUUCAAUUGUUAUGGAAAGGUCUAAUAUCUUUUUUAGUUGAUUGUGAUCCUGCACAGAUUAAAGCUCUCUGGAAUAUCUUUCCAAAAAGUAAAAUUUUACUGUGCUGGUGGCACAUUCUUAGAGCUUGGCAAGAUAAUUUAAAAAAAGUCUAUAUCAAAAAAGCAAAUUUAGUAUUAAAUGGUAAAUUAAGUUCAGAAAUAAAAAAAAAAAUGAAAGAAGAAUUAUGGGAUAACUUAAGAGAAUUAAUGUAUAUUGAUAAUUAUAGAAAUAUUGAUGAAUAUAUUUUAAACAAAUGGUCAAAUUCGAUAUCAUUUAUUUCAUAUUUUAAAAAACAAUGGUUAAAUGAAUCAAAUAAUUAUUAUCAAAUUAGUGAAAUUGACAAAACAAUGUGGAUUAAGGCAUAUAGGCUAAAU